AUUCUUAACGAGGCAAACACUAUUAAAAAUAUAUUCCAGGUGAUGAACCGAAGUGGAUGCUUUUCUUUACAAUCAUUCCGUCAUAGUAUUUUCUUUUCACAGUUCUCUCUAAAAGUCAAUCCAGUGGAUUAUCACUGAAGACAGUGAGUAUUCACUGAUUCGCAGUCAUAAUGCACUGAUUAACUUUUAGGGACUGUUAUCGAAAUUCUGUCUUGAUCACCGAUUGCUACACUUGCCAGUAUACUUAAAUCUUGGCUGUUAAUCAGAGUGUUGAAUAAUAAUAAAAUCAAUAGCACGAUAAUUUCCAUGGACGAGAGCGGUAACCAGGAGCAGAUCUUCGAGAAUCUCAAGCUGCACAAAGAGGUUCUAAGCGGUGUAAAGCAGCAGCCUUGGCCUCUUCGACGUAAGAUCAAGCUCGUACGGCAAGCGAAAGCUUAUAUCAGACGACACGAAGGUGCUCUGCAGGAAAGACUCGCUCAAAGUCACAGCACCAAGGACGUCAUAGCACGCGUCUCGCUUUUCAUAGCUAAGAAGUGGCAGUAUUUCCGACGUGAGCUAGUCAAUCUGCAAACGUGGCUCAUACCUUGGGAGGUCCGUAUCAUGGAAAUAGAAUCUCACUUCGGUUCCGCCGUCGCGUCUUAUUUCAUUUUUCUCCGUUGGCUUUUCUGGAUUAACCUCGUCAUCGCGGCGACUCUUACGGCUUUUGUCGCGAUACCUGAAGUAUUGACUGCAAACCCGAUUCUUGCCGGCGAGAGGAAGAUCAUGUUGAAGGAAGAAGCCGCCAAAUCAAAGGACCUGUUGACUUUGUGGGAAUUCGAGGGUGUGCUAAAAUACUCACCGUUUUUCUACGGCUGGUACACCAACCAGGACACGAACAGAAGUUACAGAUUACCCCUGGCGUACUUCAUUACUAAUCUAGUCGUGUACACGUACAGCUUCGUCGCAAUCCUGCGCAAAAUGGCGGAGAACUCGCGUUUGAGUAAACUGAUCGAAAAGGAAGACGAGUAUGUUUUUUCGUGGAAACUCUUCACGGGAUGGGACUUCAUGAUUGGUAAUCCGGAAACCGCUCACAAUCGUACAGCCAGCAUCGCGCUGGGCUUCAAGGAGGCUCUAUUGGAGGAAGCGGAGAAGCAAAAGGAUGAGAGAAACUGGAGAGUCAUUUCGAUGAGGGUAUUCGUGAACGUGGCAGUGCUGUCGUUACUCGCGCUGUCAGCGUACGCCGUGAUCAAGGUGGUUGAGCGGAGCGCUACGGAGAUUGAGUCUCAAAACUGGUGGCGACAGAACGAGAUCACGAUUGUGAUGUCUCUGAUCUCGUACCUCUUCCCGAUACUCUUCGAGAUCCUUGGCUUCCUCGAGAGCUACCACCCCAGGAAGCAGCUCCGAAUACAACUGGCACGGAUAAUGGUCUUAAAUCUGUUGAAUCUUUACUCGCUAAUAUUCGCAUUGUUCCGUAAGAUAAACUCUAUGAAACGCGAUCUUUACGAUCUCAAACCAGCAAACAAGUGUAUACGUAAAUUGGUACCAUGCGGCGACGAGCUGACGCGCACGCAACAAAUCGCAACGGUGGCAUCUUUGAGCCUUGUUUUAAUAAAUAAUGUCACCCACUCGUAUGCUAAGAGAGAAAUAGCGGAACCAAGUAUUAUCUAUAUUUAUAUAAAAAUACUUCUGAAAGAUAUAUCGUGCUAUUUCUCAUUCGUUACAAAUCUCGAGAAACAUUUAAAUCACUAUGUAAUAAGAAACAGUUACCUUAAUCAGCAUGAUUGUUCUCAUUUAGCGCUGCCAUCCAUCAGACAAGAAACCUACUAUCUCAAUCCUUGGCUGGACGUCGAUACUUUGUAUAAAGAUUUCAAUGAUACGUAUGAUUAUAACGAUUAUAACGUGGAUUACGGUACACGGUACGAAACUUCGGAUACGGACAGCGGUUACGAGUCCUCCACUAUGUCUUAUUACGAGGAACAUGAUACCGGGAGAGAUAAAAUACAUUAUGACGCAAGCUCAACAGUAACUGCGAAUUUUCUGACCGAUUCGACGACGGCCGAACAUUUCUAUACAAGUUCUACUUCAUCCCAAAGCGAAACCACGACGGCAACGUUCGAAUCAAACGCAAUGGAAGACAGCCAGGCAUCAUCUGAUAGAAAGGUGAGUGUUACGUCUGCGAUGGAAGAGGCCACAACAAUUGCAACGUAUAUUCCGGAAAGUGGCAUUCCCACUUCAGAAUCGAAUAAACCUGUAAUUCCCAUUUCAAGAAACAUUUACGUGGAUAGAUGCUUCGAAAAAGUUUGCACUACUAUGCCGUCGCAGAAAAAUUUAGCUAAGUCUUUGGAACAGCUAGACCCGAAGACACGCAGAAAGCUGCGUCGGUCAUGCUGGGAAACUAUGUUCGGGCAAGAACUCGCCAAGCUCACUGUCAUGGAUUUGAUACUCACGAUAUUAGCCACUCUCAGUAUGGAUUUCUUUCGCGCUGUUUUCGUGCGAUUUAUGAAUAACUGCUGGUGCUGGGAUCUGGAGAAGCAAUUUCCGCAAUACGGCGACUUCAAGAUAGCUGAAAACAUCCUCCAUUUAGUGAACAAUCAGGGCAUGGUUUGGAUGGGAAUGUUCUUCGGUCCUGGUUUAACGGCACUGAACCUCUUCAAACUUGGCAUUCUGAUGUAUUUACGUUCUUGGGCGGUUCUGACGUGCAACGUACCUCACGAAGUAGUUUUCAGAGCUUCCAGGUCUAAUAAUUUCUACUUCGCGCUGUUAUUGACUAUGCUAUUUUUGUGCGUGUUACCGGUCGGUUACGCUAUAGUCUGGGUCGAGCCUUCGUGGUAUUGCGGACCAUUUUCUGGCUAUCCAAAGAUUUAUAAUUUAGCGACGCACAGUUUGAUAAACUCGCUCCCGAAGCUGAUUCAAAAAUGUCUCGAUUACAUUGCAUCGCCUGGUAUAGUGAUACCACUGAUCGUUCUCAUGACGUUGAUUAUUUAUUAUAUGGCAUCUCUCGCUGGAUCUUUACGAGAAGCGAAUAAUGAUCUGAAGAUGCAGCUACGACAUGAGCGUACGGAAGAACGUCGCAAAUUGUUCAAAAUAGCGGAGAAGAGGCACACCGUGGCCGAGACUCCGUUAUCGAGAUGGAAAAAGAUUCUGCCGGCAUUGCCGCAGGCCAGGAUAUCUCGAAAUGCCGAAACAGUUCAAAGGGACGAUGUACGGAUCACGAUUGGGAAUGUGAACGAUAUAACGGGAAAUAAACGAUUGACGAACGACAUUGAAGAAGAUUCGCUUCAAGAGCCGGUAUUGUCCGAUUGCGAGAACGUGCAGCGAGUUGAAGAACAGGACGAUUUGACAUUGAACGAUACGUCUUCUGGCAGAAGGCCGAUAAACGCGGUCGGAUGCUCUUGGGACUCGCCGUCCAGUGGGAAAAGUGUUACCAUACCGGAUAUCCAAGUAAAUGAAGAAGAAAAAGUUGUAUGCGACAGAACGGUGGAAUUGGGUGACGUGCCAGAAGACAGUGACGAAAAGAUAACAUAACGCAAGUUGAAUGUAAUAAGUAACAAACUAUUUUUAAAAACAUGAGAGAAUAAUAAUGUAAUUAGUAUUUUUCAUAUUGCCUUUUAGCAAGAAUCUGACUGAUUCGCGGAAUAUCAGAUCUUUCUAUUAGUUUGUAAAAGAAUAUUGAGCCAAUUCUCUUUAGAAUUAUAGAUUUAGUAUUAGUAUACCUCAUAAUCUUCCUGAAGCGAGCAAGCGGCGUCCAUAUUGCGCUUGUGCUAUUACGAUCGCGGAUGCCAUGUCGAAAUAUGAAAUUUGCAGACACCUCGUGAUUAUUGCGUUUAUUUAUACAAAUGUGUAUGUAAAAUGCCUAUAAAUAUUUAUAAAUAAUUAUCGCACUUUGCUGAAAACGUGAAACAGCUGCCUCUAAAGUUCCGGAUUCGCGACGGAUCAUUGAAACGCACACCGUACACGCAAAAUCACACUUUGAUUGAGCAUUGGCACAUUCCUCUCUAAUACCUUUAUCUUAUCGUCAGAUAUUACAUUACGUAUAAGAUAUUUAUAACAUUGAGCUGUUCCGAGAUUAUUCCUACGUAUAUAUCCAACAAUAUAUCCUGCUUAUAUAAAAAUAUAUACUCGUCACUAGCAAACGUACGAUCAAUCUCACAUUAGUAUAAGUUAAUUAUACAAUUGUUCUUACAUAAUUUCUGUUAAAAAACUCCAUCGAUAAGGUACAUUAACUGUGUAAGGGGCAAGCUGUUAUGUUAUUUUGUAGCACAGUACUAGUUACAACAAGUUAUUUUCGCGUUUGCGUGCGUUUCUUUUCGUUUAGCGAAUUUUAAAUAUUAGUUUCACUCGUCAGAUGCUUAUUAUUUGUACAACUCGUCAUGUACAAUAAAGAACGCAUCAGCAUCUUUGCGCCAAA